GUGGCUGUGUAUUGGAAACGUACUUUCUGUUACGCUUCCUCUUGGUAAAGCCGUCGUUUUCAUUGUGAGCUGAGCGACGAAGCGCUGUCCCCAACAUGGCGUACGUGUGGCCGAUAUUGAGCAUUUUUGUGCUCUUCUGUGCAAUGGCACACUGUCAGGAUGGCAGAGACAAACUUGAAGGUGUUGAUGUGGAGGAAGCUUGUGCGGAUCGACCCGCCGAUGAAUACUUCCGUCUCGAUUCCGAAGGCGAUUGUCGUGAAGUGUACAGAUGUGAAGAUGCUGCUGAAGAUGGCACCAAACGUUUGGCGUCGAUUCGCUGCUCCGGUGGCUUGGCGUUCGAUGUUCUGCGUCAGAUAUGUGAUUGGAAAUCGAAUGUGAAGAAUUGUGACGUCGCAGAAAAGCCUCGUAAGGCAAAGCCUAUACUGAAGACUGACGAGCCCAUUUGUCCCGAGGGAAAGCUGUCCUGCGGAGACGGUGAGUGCUUGGACAAGGAGCUUUUCUGCAACGGCAAGCCCGACUGCAAGGACGAGUCUGAUGAGAAUGCUUGCUCCGUCGACGAGGAUCCCAACAGAGCACCCGAGUGCGAUACCACACAGUGCGCUCUACCCGACUGCUUCUGCUCCGCGGACGGUACACGAAUUCCCGGCAGCAUUGAACCCCAACAAGUACCACAGAUGAUCACGAUAACCUUCAAUGGUGCCGUCAAUGUGGACAACAUCGAUUUGUAUGAAGAUAUCUUCAAUGGCCAGCGUCAGAAUCCCAACGGUUGCUCCAUCAAGGGCACUUUCUUUGUUUCACACAAGUACACCAACUACUCGGCCGUGCAGGAUCUGCACCGCCGCGGCCAUGAGAUCUCCGUCUUUUCUUUGACGCACAAGGAUGAUCCAAACUACUGGACAGGUGGCAGCUACGAUGACUGGCUCGCCGAAAUGGCCGGCUCCCGUCUCAUUGUCGAGAGAUUCGCAAACAUUACCGAUGGCUCCAUCAUUGGCAUGCGAGCACCCUAUCUGCGUGUAGGUGGCAACAAACAGUUUGAGAUGAUGGCAGAUCAGUUCUUUGUUUACGACGCCUCGAUCACCGCUUCCCUGGGUCGUGUGCCCAUCUGGCCGUACACCCUGUACUUCCGCAUGCCCCACAAGUGCAAUGGCAACGCCCACAAUUGCCCAUCGCGUAGCCAUCCCGUCUGGGAGAUGGUCAUGAACGAGUUGGAUCGCCGUGACGAUCCCACUUUCGAUGAAUCCUUACCUGGCUGUCAUAUGGUAGACUCGUGCUCAAACGUUGCCAGCGGCGAGCAGUUCGCUCGUCUCCUGCGUCAUAAUUUCAACCGCCACUACAAUAGCAACCGUGCUCCUCUAGGUCUGCAUUUCCAUGCAUCAUGGCUCAAGUCGAAGAAGGAAUACCGCGACGAGCUGAUCAAGUUCAUCGAAGAAAUGCUGGGCCGUAACGACGUCUUCUUUGUUACAAACUUGCAGGUUAUUCAGUGGAUGCAAAACCCUACUGAGUUGAAUUCACUGCGCGACUUCCAGGAAUGGAAGGAGAAGUGCGACGUUAAGGGUCAACCCUAUUGCUCGCUGCCUAAUGCGUGUCCGCUGACCACCAGGGAGCUGCCCGGUGAGACGCUUCGCCUGUUCACUUGCAUGGAGUGCCCCAAUAACUACCCUUGGAUCUUGGAUCCAACUGGCGAUGGUUUCUCCGUUUAAGACAGAACAAAACACACUAUCUAUCCUUUCUAUAAAACAAGAGAACAACUUAUUGUAGUUCCACCGAGAGUCUGAUAAACUAAAAUCUUUAAUUUGCGUCUACUAUCUACACACACAAGCACACACAAACCGAACUAUGGAAUGCAAAAAUACUCAAUUGUUACAUCUUUAGAAUCACUUUCUAGAACUGUUUUCUUUUCAACUCUUAUUUAUAACACUCUUUCCUUGCUAUUUCUUUUUCACAUUUCCCUACUUCCUACUGAUUCUCCGAUUUUGUUAUUUUAAUUUUCUCUUUGAUUAUGUUGAUGAUACAGUGAUUUGUUUUAUUUUACUAUUCGCUGCUUCUUUGUUCUGUUCAAACAACCUUCACAAAAACGCGCCAAAAAUCGCAGCAGCAGACAAAUCUUUUUAAUUAUAUAGGUAUUUUUUAUAAGAAGAUAUAAAAAAUAUAUUUUAAAAAAUCGA